ACUUGAUGCUGCAAUCACCGUGCACAUGAUGAUAAUAUAUUUUUCCCUGCUACGUGGUUGGUACCUCUAGCACAAGUGCAUAUGAACAUAUACGUCCAGCAAGACCAGAUAGUAGAUAGGCCUCCCACGACAGCAACUCACCUCCCGGGCCUACCAAGCAGUCUCUAGAAACAAACAAACAGCGGCAAUGUGCUAAUCUCUUCUGCAUUUGGGCACGGCAAUCCUGACCCGACCCUCCAGAUUUCCCGUCGCCGAGCCACGCGGAUCGAGUACCCGUCGAACUCGCCGCUGUCGGAUCGAGUACCCGUCGAACUCGCCGCUGUCGGAUCGUUCUCGCUUGGGGCGAUCAAGCUAACGGGAUUUGAGGAGAUCUAGGCCAGCCGCGGGCAGCAGCCAUCAGCCAUGAGCGAGGUGUUCGAGGGCUACGAGCGGCAGUACUGCGAGGCCUCCGCCUCGCUCUCCCGCAAGUGCACGGCUGCAUCCGCCCUCGAUGGAGAGAGGAAGAAGCAGAAGCUCUCCGAGAUCCAGUCCGGCGUUGAGGAAGCUGAAUCGCUGAUUCGGAAGAUGGACCUGGAGGCAAGGAGCCUACAGCCUAGCAUUAAGGCUGGUUUGCUUGCAAAGCUGAGGGAGUAUAAAUCUGACCUCAACAACGUCAAGAGUGAGCUCAAGAGGAUAUCUGCGCCCAAUGCCAGGCAGGCUACCCGGGAGGAGCUCCUGGAGUCUGGAAUGGCUGAUACUCUCGCGGUGUCUACUGAUCAGAGGGGAAGAUUGAUGAUGACAACUGAAAGACUGAAUCAGUCCACUGACAGAAUUAAAGAGAGCCGAAGAACUAUGUUGGAGACAGAAGAACUUGGUGUCUCGAUUCUUCAGGACCUUCACCAACAGAGGCAGUCACUACUACAUGCUCAUACUACUGUUGAAAGAACUGUGCCGCUUGCUAACCAUCCAGACCCAAACAACGCCAAAAGCUGCCAUGCUGGCUGCUGGGCUACCGGGGUCGGGGCCGCGCUGCGGGCAGAAGGCGAAGCGGUGGUGGACCGCGGAGCGUGGAGGGCAGGAGCGGAGCACGUAGGGCAGGGGCGGACCGACUCGCCGAUGCCUAGAGCGGCAGAGCCCCCAAGGGGAUAGGACGGCGGAGCUGGUCUUGGGCGGUUCUGGCGGCGCUGAGGAGAGCGGAGAUGAACUUGUUCGUCAGUUCGUGGGAGGCUGGGAUUAAUAGGAUUUUCUAAAUUUUGGUAUGUUUGUUGGGCUGAAUCGAGGUAUUGCCCAAGCAACACUGAGCAAUAUUGGGCCCUCCACCCCUGUAAACAGAUAAACAUCGCUUAGAGAGGUUUCUUGCCCCCAUGAACCACCUAGUAAGUUUUUGGUGUGUUUGGUUUGAGGACAAGGGUGGAUGUGAUAUGUCCAUCCAUAGAUUUCAGGAUAUGAAUAGAAUAUCCAUGUUGUCUGUUUGGUUGGACGAAUGGGGUGAGCUGUUUUUUAUUUGGUUGGAUGGA